CUGCCGUGGAACCCGCCACUACUCUGGAUCUGCCCAGACCUUUUGUCGACUUAUCACAAAACGCGAAUUGCGCAUGUGUCGGGGGCGACCUCUCGUGCUGGCCGUCGUCUGCCUUUUGCCCAGAAAUUUUUCCCCUACCAUCAGCCGCCCGCAUAUAAGAUUUCAUCAAGCCCGUUCGACUUGGCUUGCAUUGUGCAACCGCCUCGCAAUCACCUUUAGUCCUACAAGGACGUUCUAAGCGUCUGCCACGAUUUGUUGUCGUGAAGGCCAAGCUCUCCGUCAGGGUCUCGGAUCUCUUAUCCUUCAGCAACUCGACGAAAGAAUGGCUGACUUUGGCCCACGUGCUCCUCAUGGGCCCGAUAUGACGGGAACCCAUGAUCCUUUGGAGGACAUGGAUGUUCAUGAGAAGGGCGCCUUCGAUGCUCUCAUUCGUCCAGAUGACAGCUACACGCCGGAUGGUGUCUACUGGGCGGAUCUUCCCCUGGUGAAGAAGAUCAAGUUCGUUGGUUCAUACGAUGCCAAGGAAGCCAAGCGUGAGCUCAAGGGCAUCUGGGAUAUGACCAAGAAGGACCCUCUGUCACCUGUGGCUUACUAUUUCCGGAACAUGGUGCUUCCUGGUGCUGGUCUUGGUCUGGAAGGUUAUGUGCUCUUUUCGAUCGGAAACGUCAAGCCACUCUUCCAAGCCGCCUUCAAGUCGUGUUGGAAGGACCACAAGAUUUGCAACCCUCAAUGGAUCAACGCCGUUGAGUACCUGGAGAUUGUCGGUAUCAUUGUUGGUCAGGUUCUGGUCGGAGUUCUGGGUGACUGGAUUGGCCGUCGCUGGGGCCUUAUUCAAGAUGCCACUAUUAUGCUUCUCGGUCUGGUUAUGCUCGUCGCCGCCUGGGGUGUUAACCAGAAUGGCUGGGUAAUCUGCUAUGCUUGGUCUCUGUUCAUCUACGGUAUUGGUGUUGGUGGUGAGUACCCGAUGACUGCCACCAGCGGUAUGGAAAAUGCCGUUGGCUCUGGAAAGGUUUCCACCAAGGAGGAUCGUCUGCACCGUGGUCGAAAGGUCACUAGCGCUUUCUUGAUGCAGGGUUGGGGUCAGUUCUUCAACCAGGUCAUCCUCAUUAUCUUGCUGCUCUGCUUCCAUCAUGGAAGUGGCAAUCCUCCCUACUCCAGCGUCGCCGCGCAGUGGACUUACCGUAUUUCUUUCGCCAUCCCUGCUGUUGGUACCCUGUGGCUGGUCUACUACCGUACCUACCACAUGAAGGCGGCUAGCAAGCAGCUCGCGGCCGCUAAGAAGAAGGCUUCGGUUACCGGCUACGAUGUGACCUCUCUGAAGCUGGCCUUCAGUCACUUUGGUUUCCGUAUCGUGGCUACCGCUGGUGGAUGGUUCGCCAACGAUGUCUUCUUCUACGGUAACAAGCUCUUCCAGAGUGAGUUCAUCAAGGUUAUCAGCCCCGAGACUACAUCGAUUAUGCCCACCUGGCUCUGGAAUCUGGUCAACGUCGGCGUGUCGCUGGCUGGUUACUAUCUUGCCUCCUUCCUUAUCGACAACAAACUUUACGGGCGUAAAUGGAUGCAAAUCGUCGGUUUCAUGAUGGACUUCAUCCUCUUCAUCAUUCCCGCUUUCCAUUUCCAAUACUACAGAGAGCCGGCGCACAUCAAGGCUUUCCAGGCCAUGUACUUCCUCAGUUCCUUCUUCAACCAGUUCGGUCCCAACUCGGUCACCUUCUUGGUCGCUGCGGAGGUUUUCCCUACACCAAUUCGUGCCACAGCUCACGGCCUGUCUGCUGCCGCUGGUAAGCUAGGUGCUCUGUUGGCAUCCAUCCUGUACAACUAUAUCGACACCCAGACGAAGUUCUACGUUGUACCUUGGUUCGGUCUGGCGGGUGUGGUCCUGACCUACCUUUUCCUUCCCGAUACCACUGGUCUUGACCUGAAGGAGCAGGAGCGUCGCUGGGCUUUCAUCCGCUCUGGUCGUGAACACGAGUACCAUGGCCCUGCUGUUCAUUCCAAGCAUUUGUCCGUCUGGGAGCGUCUUCGCGGAAAGGGCAAGUACUACGAUGCCGAACUCGACUACAAGCAGAAGGUCGAGGAAUUCCGUGCCGAGUGGGAGGCAGCAAUGGCCCGCAAGGCUUCUGAGAACGACAAGGUAGAGGAUCUCGCGUUCGACACCGACGAGUCUCUGCUUGAGGGUCACGUCCACUCUUACUUCCACCGGACCAGCCCCAUGUUCCGGGGUAUGGAGGAAAAGCCCGCCAAGUCUGAUAACUUCGCCCUGCCCCCUGCUGCGCAAGGAGGUGACUCUACUGAUUCUUUCAAUGAGAAGACACAACAGUAGAGCGCCACCACAAAUUUCACUUCUCUGAAAAUAAUUCAACUUGUAUAUUCCAUUUACUUUCUUUUUUUGAGGAAGGGUCUUUUCUCCAUCCCUCCUGUUUUGGGAAAAAGACCUUGUUUUCUUCAACUGGUACAUACCCUCUCGCGUGAUUGUUGCUUGGCACUGUUGGAUUAAUGUUCUCAUACCCUCAUUUCCUGUUCAAUGUCUAGAUGAUUGGACUGGUUAUCCACUGUGAAUAGAUCUAAAUUCCCGUCUAGAAACCCUCUUGGGCAAUGAAUUUCUAGCGACU